GUCUCAUUGGGAAGUGUCCUCUCUGCCUGCAGAGGGUCCUUGGGCUUUGCCUUCACGAGAGGUAGUCAAUCAGUAGAAUAAUGAGGGGAUCACUAACUGGUGUGUCUGCUGGAGGCCCAGGUAUCUGCCUUUUUCUUUCUUUAAAAUUGGCCAGAAGGAUGGGGCAGUUUGCUUUGCCUCCAUUUGGGACUUCUUUAGUGAAUGAAGACAAUAUUUUGAAUUGCUGAAGCACCUUCUGGUUAUUCGUGUCUUCCACAGUCAACAUGUCUGCCUCAGGAAUCCAAAAUGAGAGGUUAAAAAAAUUUAAGUACAGAGGACGAAAUAUGGGUCUGAUAAGACAACAGAGGAUAGCUGUCAGCGUGGAACUCCGGAAGGCAAAGAAAGAGGAACAGAUUCUUAAAAAAAGAAAUAUAUUUAAUACCCUUCACUCACUCCUAUCUGAGAACCGGGAUAAUGAGGGUAAUCUUACACUGGAGGAAAUAGUCAAGGGCGUGAAUGGAAAUGACCCAGAUCUCUGUCUCAAGGCCACCCAGGCAGUCAGGAGGAUGUUAUCUCGAGAAAGGAACCCACCUCUAAGUAUGUUUAUUGAACUGGGGCUCGUGCCUAAGCUGGUGACGUUUCUGAGCUUGUCUUGUAGCCCCAACUUGCAGUUUGAGGCAGCCUGGGCCCUGACAAACAUUGCCUCUGGAAGCUCUGGGCAGACCAAGGCAGUUGUUGAUUCAGGAGCCAUCCCUCUCUUGAUUCAGCUCCUCUCUUCUUCCUACUUAAACAUCCGUGAGCAAGCCGUAUGGGCACUAGGGAACAUAGCAGGUGACGGCCCUGAAUUGAGAGAUGCCAUUAUUGCCUGUAAUGCGAUCCCUGCUCUGUUAUCCCUGGUCUCACCUACUCUACCUGUUUCAUUUCUGCGGAACUUGACGUGGACCUUGUCUAACCUCUGCCGGAAUAAGAACCCCUACCCUUGUGCAAAGGCAGUUAAGCAGAUCCUGCCCGUCCUGACUGAGCUCCUGCAACACCAAGACCCGGAGAUUCUGUCUGAUGCCUGCUGGGCUCUGUCCUACCUUACUGAGGGCUCCAAUCAGAGGAUUAACCUCGUGGUGCAGACCGGGGUCCUUCCAAGGCUGAUCUACCUCAUGCAGAGCCCAAACCUGACUAUUCUGACUCCUUCCCUCCGGACAGUUGGUAACAUUGUCACUGGGACAGAUCACCAAACCCAGAUGGCCAUUGAAGCAGGUGUCUUGACCGUGCUGCCCCAGCUCCUGCAUCACCAGAAGCCCACAGUCCAGAAGGAGGCUUGUUGGACACUCAGCAACAUUGCUGCUGGUCCUAGUGAACAGAUCCAGCAGCUAAUAAGCUGUGGGCUGCUGCCACCUUUAGUGGCCUUACUAAAAAAUGGAGAUUUCCGAGUCAAGAAAGAAAUUAUUUGGACAAUGGCUAAUUUCACAAGUGGGGGGACAUCGGACCAGGUGCUUGAACUCAUCAAGGCUGGAUUCCUGGAACCUCUGCUUGAUCUGCUCACUAUCAAAGACAGCAAAAUUCUCCUCCUCAUUCUGGACAUUCUUGAGCAUUUCUUACAGAUUGCAGAGAAACUAGGAGAGAAGGAAAAGCUGUGCAUGCUAAUAGAGGAACUUGGUGGACUAGAUAAAAUCGAGGCAUUACAAUUUCAUGAAAACAGCUUGAUUUUUCAAACUUCCUGCAAUCUCAUCGAGAAUUACUUUUCUGAGAUGGAAAAUCUCCAAGAUCAACCAGAGAUAGACCAAGAAAAAAAUACCUUCAAAUUUUCUGUGGAAGAUAAGAAUGUAAAAUUUACCUUGUAAAACAACUAACAUUUCCAGAGAAAUUGUACUUGGUGAAUGGGGAAAGAGGAAACACUUGUUUGGUUUUGUUUUUUAUUACUUUACCAUGUCACGGAGGUUAAAGAUGUAAAGGUUUUGUAUAUUUAUAAAUAAAA